AUGGGCGGUGUACUGGGAGCCUUGGCUGGUCGCUUGGUGAGGGACGAGCGUGGCGAAUCUAAUGUACAACAGGUGAAAGGACGAAAGCGGCUUCGUUCUCCUAGUGUGAAGGAGAAUUCAAAUGGUGUUGUAGCGACGGAUAAUGAAGCCCAAAAUCUUCUAUUAUUUCGAACUCUUAACGCCAACAAAACUUUAUCUGCUCCAUUCUGUCGCUCCGUACUCCACGGCGCUUCCGUGGAGGAUAGGUACGGAUGCCAUUACCAUGUGUAUCCAUCUGAGUCUCCAGAUGAUUCUCAUGGCAAUGCGCUAUGUUGGUCAGUUCGAAAGUCUUCACUGAGUGUUCAUAGCUUGAUUUGUUUAGCUCGUUUAGCAAAUAGCUGCCACAAGGAUUUGGUGCUUUUUGGCGAUGGGAUUGGCGUUUCCCUUUCGUACACAGCUACACUAUGA